AUGGCCGUCUUUGUCGUGACGCGCGCCCCGCCGAGGGCGCUCUAUGCGAAGCCGUGCGCCCGGCGCUUCGCAGGUCCUUUGCGGCGGCCGGCCCCUGCGGCGGCCCGAUCGCUGGCGCGCUUGCCGGAGGCGGCCCCCCAGAUCGGCGGCCUCAGUGGCAGCUCCGCGCCGGCGCUCCCGCUGUGCUGCCUCCUGGCCUGGUGCCUGGUGCGCUGGGGCGGGCCGGCGGCCGCCCUCCUCGGGGAGGCAGCGCGGUGGGCGAUGGGCUCCGAGGCCCUGCAGCGGGCACUGCUGUCCCUGCCCGUGGCGUCGGCGGCCGGCUUCGCCAUGGGCGCCGCUGGGCUCGGGGCCGGCAUGCUGUCCGUCAACGGGCUGGUUCACACGCCCGGACUGCAGAUGCACCAGCUGGAGGCCGUGGCCACGAGCAUCGUGGCCCAGUCCGCCUCGUCCGUCGCCGCGGGGGGGCACUGGCUGCAAAGCGGACACAUCGACUUCAAGGUGGCCGCCUGCCUGGGGCUCUGCAGCCUGCCAGGGGUGGCCCUCGGCGCGCAGCUUGCGCAGGGGCUGUCCGACUGGACGCUCCGGCUGGUGUGCGCGGGCGUGAUGUGCCUGGUACUCUGCCCCCUCGCGGUCUACCAGCUGGUGGCGUCGCGAUCCCAGCGGCCCAGGCCGUGCGGCGCUGGCGGCGGCGCCUCCGACGAGGCGGAGCGCGGAGCGGCCGGGAGCGCCACGCCCUCGGACGGCGGCCCCGCCCCGGCGGGCCUGCGGGCGGGGCUGCGGCACUGCGCCGUGGGCAACGUCGCUGGCCG